UAGCUGUUAGCUGUUAGCUUUUAGCUGUUAGCAGUUAGCUUUUAGCUCUAACCUUAUUUUCUUUUUGUCAGGGGUGGAAAAUGCUUUUCAUCGGUGACAAACGUAACCAUCGACAACAACAUGGCUACAGUGUCGGUGGUGAACGUCACCUCUGUGUUCCACGUGCUGCCGAGCAGUGACGACUGUCUGGUCCUGAGCAUCAACAGCACCCUGGGGAACCUGGAGAACCUGCUCAAGUUCCUGAACGUGAGCGGCGGGCCGGCGGCCGAGGGUUCCACCAUGCGCUCGCUCUACCUGAUGGGACGAGAGUCGACCGUGAAAGACUCAGACCUGCAGAUGUUCAAGAACCAGGCGAGCUGCCUCGGCAUCCCUGUAGAACCGGGCUUCUACUACGACCCCAAGACAGAUUUCUGCACCCAGGGAGAAUCCAUCAAGUUAACCAACUGAAAGUCUCCGAUCGACCAAAUGUUUCAAACUGUAAAACACAAGUAAACACAAACUGUCUCCUGA